UUUGAGUUUUGGACAGCUGUUUUCUCCAUAUCCGAAGUUCUCCUCUGACAGCCUCUGACAUAUUGUUUAACCUGGUCAAAUAUAAAGGGAAAUCCCGGUGUAAAUUCUUUGUCCCGACGCUAUACGAGGAUGCUCUUUUGCUGUAAACCUAAGAAAACAGGCUACGUAGAACAGCUAGAUUCACAGUCGGCGCAGAGUCAGCAACCGGUAACGAGCUCCAAAGGCAAAGACGACAAAAUGUCGGAGGAGGACAGGUGGAGACAGCAAUGGAAUGCCAAGCCGGUGUCGGAGUUGUGGGAAUCACUUAAUAAGGGAGAGUCGAAGUCACUUUUAAAGAAACACUUGACAGAAGCGAGAUAUAAUGAAUUAAAGGAUAAGAAAACAAGCCUAGGAGGGACCCUUGCUCAAUGUAUAAGCUCAGGAUCACUUCACCUGGGCAGCAAUGUCGGUAUUUAUGCGUGCGAUCCCGCAGCAUACACAACUCCAGGCUACAAAGAACUGUUCAACUUGAUCAUUCAGGACUACCAUACCAAAAAUCCUAAUAAUAAUGUCAAACAUCCAGAGCCCAGCUUCGGAACAGACGCACAGAUUGACAGUCUCGGUGACCUUGAUCCAACUGGUUAUUUUGUGAAGUCUACACGUGUCCGAGUUGCCAGAAGCCACAAGGGCAUGCCCUUCCCACCAGCCGCUAAGAAAGAGGACUUCGAAAAGAUGGAGAAGUUGGCUUGUGAGGGUUUGUCCACGUUGACAGGAGAGUUGGCCGGAACAUACUACCCCCUUCGCGGAAUGGACAAAGCCACGCAGGAUAAGAUGAUCGAAGACCACUUCCUGUUCAGAGCAGAUGAUGCGGUGCUUGGUGAUGCCGGUGGUUACAAUUGCUGGGACACCGGAAGAGGAAUCUUCCACAAUAAAGAGAAAACCUUCCUCACAUGGCUGAAUGAGGAGGACCACUUCCGUUUCAUCUCUAUGCAAAUGGGCGGGAAUCUUGGCCAAGUAUACAAGCGUUUAGCGACAGCCAUCAAACAUAUCGAGACCAAGAUGGAAUUCGCCAAAGCCGACGGCCUUGGUUAUCUUACGUUCUGUCCAACUAACCUUGGCACAACAAUGAGAGCAAGUGUCCAUGUUCGAGUACCCAUGCUCAGCAAGGAUCCACAGGUCCUGAAAGACAUUUGUGCCAAGUAUAAUCUUCAGCCUAGAGGUGUUCACGGCGAGCACUCUGAGAGUAAAGGAGGUGUUUACGAUAUCUCCAACAAGCGUCGACUUGGACUUACAGAGUGGGAUGCUGUCAAUGAAAUGAAGAAUGGUGUUCUGGAAAUUAUAAAGGAGGAAGCAAAACUGACCUGGACACCAAAGCCUACAGACGAGCUGUAUAACAUUAUCAGCAAGAGUGACUCCCCGUCUCUCAUGAAGAAGUUCCUGACACAGGAGGUGUACGACAAACUUAAGGACAAGAAAACAUCACUUGGUGGUACUCUAGCUCACUGUAUCAACUCCGGUUGUCUACAUCUCGGCAGCAAGGUUGGCAUUUAUGCCUGUGACCCCGAAGCCUACACAGUAUUUGAAGAUAUAUUUAACAAUGUAAUCAAAGCCUAUCACAAAGUUGACAGUAUUAGCCAUCCUGUGCCAACAUUUGGUACCGACGCCGACAUGAAAGCUCUAGAAAACAUUGAUCCCGAGGGUAAUAUGGUCAUCUCGACACGUAUCCGAGUUGCUCGCAGCCACGCCAAAUACCCAUUCCCUCCAGCAUGUACUUCGGAGGAUUUGGAGAACAUGCAAGAUGACACUGUACGUGCCCUGAACACCCUCAAAGGUGAACUCGCCGGUACAUACUACCCCCUUGCGAAAAUGGACGAAGCCACCCAGAAACAGAUGGUGGAGGACCACUUCCUCUUCAGAGACGAUGACGAUGUGUUGAGAGAUGCUGGCGGCUACAAAUACUGGGAUACAGGUCGUGGCAUCUUCCACAAUAAGGACAAAACUUUCCUUACCUGGGUGAACGAAGAAGACCAUCUCCGACUGAUCUCUAUGCAGAAAGGUGGUGACCUGGGAGAAGUGUAUAGACGUCUUGUCAAGGCCAUCGGUGAACUGGAAAAGAAGCUGACCUUUGCGAAAAGAGAUGGCUAUGGGUAUUUGACAUUCUGCCCAUCUAAUCUUGGCACCACACUUAGAGCUAGCGUGCACAUGAAGAUCCCUAACGUUUGCAAGCAGCCAAACUUCAAAGAAGAAUGUGAAAAAUACAACAUCCAGCCAAGAGGUAUCCACGGUGAGCACUCGGAGAGUGAAGGAGGUGUGUACGAUCUGUCAAACAAGCGCCGACUCGGCCUCACUGAAUACGCUGCUGUGAGAGAAAUGCUGGAUGGUGUUCUUGCCCUGAAGAAGUGGGAACUAGAACUUGCAGGUGGAAAGAAAUAACCUGUUUUCAAAAUUAAAAUUGACAUUUUGACAACCGCGUGAGCCAGAUUUAUGACAUUUUAAUACAAGUGUGUUAGACUGUAUUUCUCCUUUUUUCAUUGCUGGAACUGAAUUUAACUUGGUUUAACUUUUAUGCAUUUGUUAAUAAUUAUGCAAUUGAACGUGUUCGUUAAAAACUAUAUUCGGAUAAUGUUACAAAGAGGAGUUUACAAAUGUUUUGUUAGCAUUGGAGUACCUCUUUUUUCCCUAUGUGAUAACUUCACUUAAUAUCGACACCUGUAAUGUAGCUUCAGUUUAUUGUGCUAGUUAUAGGGGCCCUACAAUAUAUUGUUGUAAGGGGUUAUCUGUGAUUUUGUUGACUUUUCCUAUUUAUUUCCAUUUGACCGGAGAACCAAAGAAUAAAAUGCAAAAAAAACUA